AUGCUUGGAACUAAGGAUCUUAUCACUUCCCCGGCAUAUUAUUCGUCACAUUGGAGCUGUGGUUACUGUAAUUUGAAAGAAAAACAAAGAACUCCACAGUUGGUGGCAAGCAGCUCAGUGGGUAUCCAUCUAUACAAAUGUUCUCCAGAGAAGUACGAAUCGUUAGUCAAUAGGGGAUACAGAAGAUCUGGUGAAUACCUUUAUAGGCAUGAUUUGCUCAGAAAUUGCUGUCAACUAUACACAAUUCGAACAAGCUAUCACCAAACAUCAAAUAAUACAUUCUUCAAUCCUUCGAAAGAUCAAAAACGGUGCAUCAAUAAAUUUGCCAACUUCCUCAAGAUUGAUUUAAAAAAUCCGAAAAAUAAAUUUAGAUUUGAGGAGUCAAUUUUGAAUUUACAACGGAGUGAUCCAAAAGUAUUUAGAACUGUGAUAGAGCCAGCACAAUUUUCCGAAAAAAAAUUUGAGCUAUACAAAAAGUAUCAAUGCAAAGUUCAUAAAGACAAACCCUCUGAAGUCACCCAAAAACUGUUUAAAAGAUUCUUGUGUACAAAUCCUUUCAGCGAGUAUUUCAGUGAUGAAGAACUAAAUGAUUUGAAUGAAUGGGAUGUUAUUGAAGAUUCAAAGAGAAUAUUUACUGCCAUGGGGGCUUUCCACGAAUGUUAUUAUAUCAACAAUGAAAUGGUUGCCAUAUCAGUUAUUGAUAUUCUUCCAAAUUCAAUAUCUUCUGUCUAUUUCAUAUGGGACCCUGACUAUGCUAAUUUGGGCUUAGGAAACUUCUCAGCUUUGCGAGAUAUGAUUUUGACUUAUAAGUUGAAUAAAAAGCAUUAUUACUUGGGUUAUUAUGUUCCAACAUGCCCAAAAAUGUUCUAUAAGAAGAAGUAUGGAGGGGAAUUGUUGGAUAUUGCUAAUCACAGGUUUGUUAACCUAAAAUAUUUAGAGGAGAAUGAUCUCAUGGAGGAAGGGAAACCGUUCAUCAUGAAAGAAGUCAAAGAAGAUAUGGAUGUUAAGAAUAUUAAUUUAGAUCAUUUAGAACCAAUGACCUUUGAGGAUGAAUCUAUAUAUCCAGAGACUUGGAAAAUUGAGGAAGGAAAUAAACUUAUAAAUAUAUCCAAAACACUAUAUGGACCAGAUGGGUCUGUUACAAAAAAUGAAAAUAAGAUUUACUCUGAAGGAAAACAAAUGUUUCCAACUUUAGCAGCACCCAAGAUCGAUCCAUUGCCAACUGUUUAUCUCACAAAAUGGGAGUCAGAAAAUAAUGAACUGGAAAAUGAGGAAGAAGAGGAUACUUUUCCGAAAGUCCAGUUUGGAUCGAUACCGUUAUGGGGAUUGAAUGAGAUCAUCAGGAAAAGAAAACUGUUUUCUAUUGAGGAUGAUAUUGUCAUGUUACAAAUGCAAUUUAACCAGUUGAUGAUAGUUCCAGGGGAUUUUGUUGCAUCUGAUGCAGAGUUUAGUUCUGAUGUUUUAAAUCUCCUUCGGUCUAUUGGACCUAACAUUCUUAAGGAUAGUGCAGUAAUAAAGCCUUGA